AUGGACUUAUUUUCCCAAGUCGCUGAAUUCAUCACUAAAAAACGCUCUCAGUACACUGAUUUUGAGGUCGUCAAAGUUAUCGGCCAGGGCGGCUAUGGUCGUGUGCAGUUGGUUCGACACCGGCGAACCAGACGCGUAUAUGCCAUGAAAAUGAUGCGCAAACAGCACCUUCUAGAUCACACUCAGACCGGCUACCAAGAGGAACGCGACAUUAUG